AGUUGUGUUGUUGGUUGUUGUUGUGUUUUCGCAGCUCCGGUUGGUGCCGGGUUCGCUGUUGCAUCCCCAUUUUGUACCGUUUUACCUACCUGCGACUAUAUUCUGUAUACCUGGAGUAAAGUUUUGCUGAAAAAAAGAUUAAAAACUCCGUUGGACUGCUGGUAGUCGAGUCAUCAUUGGUCAGUGAGAAGAGGAAGAAGCGCGGUGAGACGAGAGGAAUAGUUUUCGUCAGCCGGUGAGUCACGCGUUGUUCAGUAACAUUCAAUAGAACGCGUUCUCGCCGAACUCUCAGGAGAAACCGAGGCAAGUGGUGAUAAAAAUUUGAAGUGGGGAAACCGUCGUAGUUUUUCCGAAAUUUCGUUCAACCGAACAAAAGGAGGAGGCUGCAGUGAAGAGAGGUCGUACAACGGCGGCAGGACCGCUCGCCUAAUCGAAGUGUGUUAAAAUUAUUUGAAAUUAACAUCAUGCCGAGUGCGUCUGAGGAGACUACUUAUUUGAAUCUGAUCGAAGUCAUGCCUCGACGGGAAACUACAACGCAGGAGUUUCUCACGAGAGACGUCGACCUGCUCGUUUCACAGAUAAAGGAGAACCUCAGGCUUUCAGGAUUCAAGGCCAAGUCUAGUUUUACCCAAAAAAGCCGACCCUCGCCCUACAGAAUACCAUCGAGAUCUUGGGCAGACCCGGCGGCGACAUGCGAAGUUUGUGGUGUAAGAAAUGACGCAACCGAGGAAGAACGGCAUCACCAUCAACACCAUUUCCACCACCAUCACCACCACCACCACCACCACCACCAUCACCACCAUCUCAACCAUCAUCAAAAGAGGACAAAUACCAACGUCGACGAUCCCUACGAACUCCUUCAGGUACUCCUUCGAGAAGGUGGUCUGAUAAAGGAAGCUGUAAAACGACUGCAAGCGAAUCUCGAGGAACUGGAAAACGUCGGGGAUUCGGCUUACGAAAGAAAGCCCUACUUCUAUGAUUCAGAAGAUGAGCCUAGGCCGGUAAUACCGUCGAUAGAACUAUGAAGUGAUGAAAACGACGGACAAAGGAACCGUCUUAAGUUCAAAUAGAGAUCCAUAAGUAUAUGGAAGAGUAAAAAGAAGUGGGGACUAUCACGCUGUAUUGCGACAAACGGACAAAGUAGUUCGCUUCUUGGAUGAACGGAGGUAACGAUAGUGUAGCAAUCCACUACAAGUUUAGCGUAAAUAGGAAACAAAUUGAAAAUGAACGAAAAAAAUACACACACAUCUAGAUCAUGGCAUAAACAUCGUGUAAAUCGAUGAGUAAAUUAGAAUGUGGUAGUCCCCUGGUUUGCCAGGUCGCUCAUAUUUUAGCUCGAGCGGAGUACAGAGAUAAACGUAAUUGGGCAGGAACUCGCCUUACACGGUUGUGUGUUUGUAAAUAUGGUGUGUUGUUAUUUGAAGCAGCUAGUCUUUUGCGCUUCGUGAACGUUCGGCGAAGAUCGUUGCCGUUGCAGGCAGUAUCGACUGUUACUAUAUAGUACACUUGAAUGUGUAUAUAAUAUACCAUUACACACAAGAGGCUACGUGGAAGACUCAUGGCCGACAUGUAUGUAUGUGUGUCUUCUCGCAGUACGCCGCGUGUGUAGAAGGGAGCAAGUCGCGGGGGUACAUUGAAAUAAAUUGUAUAUUCGUAUACCUGUGUUACAGACACACACACACACACACGCGUACAAACUAGUAGUAAAGCCAAAGCUGGGCCAGGCCACAGGCUACUGCGGCGACACUUAUGUACACGACGACGACGCUCGCCUUUCGCUGCUCAACAGUCGCGACACCAUUCAACGAAUUUCAUGACUCACUACUAUUAUUGUUAUUACUCUACCCAGGCGAGUUCGCAAAAUGCUGCAGCUUUCUAUCGUGGUAAAUAAAUAUUACAAAGUUUCGCAUCGGGUCACGUCAUGAUUAUGUUGUGUAUGGAUUCGUUGCGUUUUACUAGAUUCCUCAACACUAUUGAAACCGUUGUUAUUGCCGUUGUUGUUAUUGAUUAACUUUUUUUAUUUUGCCAACAUUAGUUUUUCAACAUCGUACCCAAACAGUAACGAUAAUCGACCGUUUAAAUCUUCAAAUCUUUAUUUCCAGUCGCGCGUAAUAAUCA